AACAUUUAAACGGUAUUUUGUUACAAUAAGUUUUUUUAUGUUUUCUUGUUAAAUCACAUUUGUACAAAGUUCCCCGGGACAACCCGUUUUAUGACACGUUUAUUUUUUGUUGUUGUAAUAUAAAAAAUGACCACUAGAUGUCAGUACACACAAUCCUACCGCCUGUGGUGUGCCUCCCGCUCUCGGCCGCUGGGGGGCACUGCCUGCCCUGUUCCCCCCCGGGUGGUCUGAUGCAGGAUGGCGGAGGGACCGGAGAGUUUAUCCGCUCGAUGCCUGGACGAGUCGUCGGACAGCGAACCGGAGCAAGAGCCCGGAACCCCACAGAAACUCAUUCGGAAAGUAUCCACGUCCGGUCAGAUCCGCAGUAAGACCGUGUUGAAGGAAGGAGACUUGAUGAAACAGACCAGUUCUUUCCAGAGAUGGAAGAGAAGAUAUUUUAAACUGAGAGGGAGAACGCUGUACUACGCUCAAAACACUAAGUCCAUCAUCUUUGACGAAGUGGACCUGACAGACGCCAGCGUGGCCGAGUCCAGCACCAAGAACGUCAACAACAGCUUCACUGUGAUCACCCCCUGCAGGCGUCUCAUCCUGUGCGCCGACAACAGGAAGGAGAUGGAGGAGUGGAUGGCGGCUCUGCGGAGUGUUCAGAACCGACAAAACUAUGAGUCCACCCAGUACAGCAUGGACCACUUCAGCGGGAUGCACAACUGGUACGCCUGCUCCCACGCCCGACCCACGUACUGCAACGUGUGCAGAGAGGCCCUGUCAGGGGUGACGUCGCACGGCCUUUCAUGCGAAGUUUGUAAAUUCAAGGCUCAUAAGCGUUGUGCGGUUCGAGCCACCAACAACUGUAAAUGGACGACGCUGGCGUCCAUCGGAAAGGACAUCAUCGAGGACGAGGACGGGGUGUGGAUGCCUCACCAGUGGCUGGAAGGGAAUCUCCCGGUCUCGGCCAAGUGUAGCGUGUGCGACAAGACCUGCGGCAGCGUCCUCCGGCUCCAGGACUGGCGUUGCCUCUGGUGUAAGACCAUGGUUCACUCCAGCUGUAAGGAGCAGCUGUCGUCCAAGUGUCCACUGGGACAGUGUAAAGUGUCCGUCAUCCCGCCCACAGCACUCAACAGCAUCGACUCCGACGGUUUCUGGAAAGCCUCGUGUCCCCCGUCCUGCACCAGUCCCCUGCUGGUCUUCGUCAACUCCAAGAGCGGAGACAACCAAGGCGUGAAGUUCCUGCGCCGAUUCAAGCAGCUGCUCAACCCGGCGCAGGUCUUUGACCUCAUGAACGGAGGACCUCACCUGGGUCUGCGCCUCUUCCAGAAGUUCGACACCUUCCGGAUCCUGGUCUGCGGUGGGGACGGCAGCGUGGGCUGGGUGCUGUCGGAGAUCGACGCCCUCAUGCUGCACAAGCAGUGUCAGCUGGGGGUUCUCCCUCUGGGAACCGGCAACGAUCUGGCCCGGGUUCUGGGAUGGGGGUCUGCCUGCGACGACGACGCCCAACUACCUCAAAUACUGGAGAAACUGGAGCGGGCCAGCACCAAGAUGUUGGACAGGUGGAGCAUUAUGGUUUACGAGACCAAGUUUCCGCGGCAACACUCUGCCUCCACGGUCACCGAGGACUGCAGCGACGACUCUGAGGUGCAGCAGAUUCUCACAUAUGAAGAUUCCGUGGCUGUUCACCUUUCCAAGAUUCUGACUUCAGACCAACACUCGGUGGUCAUCUCCUCUGCCAAGGUUCUGUGUGAGACGGUCAAGGACUUUGUGGCCCGGAUCGGGAGAGCCUACGAGAAGAACACCGAGAGCUCGGAUGAGUCGGACGUCAUGGCGAAGAAGUGUGUGGUCCUCAAGGAGAAGCUGGACCUGCUGCUCAAAACGCUCAACGACGAGUCGCACGCGUCCUGUCUCCUCCCGCCGGCUCCGCCCCCCACCAUCGCCGAGGAGCAGGAAGAGGGCGAGGGCUUCAUCAUUCCCGUCCUCACUCCUCAGAGCCGGACGCCACCCGACUCCACCCCCUGCUCCCCCCGACCCUGCGCCUCCGCGGCGGCCAUUUUUAAGCCCAGAGAGCAGCUGAUGCUGCGCGCCAACAGCCUGAAGAAAGCCAUCCGUCAGAUCAUCGAACACACCGAGAAAGCCGUGGACGAGCAGAACGCGCAGACCCAGCCCGUCUUCUCGCUGGCCGCCGUCAAGGUGGAAGGGCUGGUGGAGGAAGACGAGGACGAGGAAGACAAGGUGUCACUGCAGUCGUACGGCGCCAAACUCAGCAGCGCUCGCAGAGCCAUUAAAACGCCCUGUGAGAGGCUGAUGAGUAAAGGGAGCCUAUCAAUGGGCAGCUCCACAUCACUUCCUGUCCACACAGGAAGUAGAGACAACAUGCCAAUGCUCAACACUAAGAUCCUUUAUCCUGCCCUCAGAGCAGGUGUGUCAGCUUCUCUGUCAAGCAAUUCCGUCAUCAGUCGGCUGCUCGUCAACGACGAGUCCUUCACAUCAUGUGACCCUGACAACUUGGAGUGCUACACGGAGAAGUGUGUGAUGAACAACUACUUUGGGAUUGGACUGGAUGCCAAAAUUUCUCUGGACUUCAACAACAAGAGAGAUGAACAUCCUGAGAAGUGCAGGAGUCGCACAAAGAACAUGAUGUGGUAUGGAGUUCUGGGAACCAAAGAGUUGCUGCACAGAACCUACAAGAACCUAGAACAGAAAGUUCUGCUGGAGUGUGACGGGCGUCCCAUUCCCCUCCCCAGCCUCCAGGGCAUCGCCGUGUUGAACAUUCCAAGUUACGCUGGAGGAACCAACUUCUGGGGCGGAACCAAAGAGGACGACACGUUCACCGCUCCGUCUUUUGAUGACAAAAUCCUGGAAGUGGUGGCCGUGUUUGGCAGCAUGCAGAUGGCCGUAUCCAGAGUCAUCAACCUGCAACACCACCGCAUUGCACAGUGUCGCACAGUCAAGAUCACUAUCCUGGGGGACGAGGGAGUCCCUGUGCAGGUGGACGGCGAAGCCUGGAUUCAACACCCGGGUUAUAUCAAGAUCCUCCACAAGAACCGGACCCAGACUUUGACCAGAGACCGCGCGUUCGAGAGCACGUUGAAGUCUUGGGAGGACAAACAGAAGUGCGAGUUUCCCCGUGGUCCCGCUUGUCCGGCGGCCCUGCUCCCCCCGCUCAGCAGCCAUCCAGAAACCGUUUCGGAAGACGAGGCAUCGCUCGUUGGAGAGUUCGCUCGGGCCGCGGGACUCCUCAUCCGCAGUAUCUGUCAGCUGGCUCAGAGUCACCGCAGUUUGGAACAAGAACUUGCUCAUGCCGUCAAUGCCAGCUCCAAGUCCAUGGACCUGGUCUACGUCGAGUCCGGCAGCAUCGGGACUCUCAGCUGUGGUGCCGUGGUCCGAAUGGUCAAAGACGUCAAAGCGUUACUGAGCGAGACCGAGCUGCUCCUGGCUGGAAAGAUGUCCAUGGUGUUGGACCCACCUCAACAAGACCAGUUGAACUCUGCGCUGAGUUCGGUCCAUCAGCAGCUUCGUCGACUGGUUGACGUCCCGUGGCUGAGUGUGGUCAUCGACCCUUCUGCACACGAGGGUCCGCUGACAGACUUGGCCAAGCCCAGUCGGAGUGCAAAGUUCCGCCUGGUUCCCAAGUUCAAAAAAGACAAAAACAACAGAAAUAAGGAGACUUGUGGGUCUCUCUCUCUGCCAGUGCACCAGUGGGGGACGGAGGAAGUGGGGUCCUGGCUGGACUUCCUGUGUCUCUCCGAGUACAAGGACAUCUUCAUCGGUCACGACGUCCGAGGGAGCGAGCUGGUCCACCUGGAGAGGCGGGACCUGAAGGACCUGGGCGUGACCAAGGUGGGUCACAUGAAGAGAAUCCUUCAGGGGAUCCGAGAGCUCAGCAGGAACAGCAGCGCCAGCGAGGCCUAAGCUCCGCCUCCAGCAACCGCUGCCUGCUGUCCUCCGCUUGCUGCUGCCAACCUGCCCGACGACCCUGUGACCUCUGUGAUUGGCUCUCAAAACACAAGCACCUGAGGAAAAAAUCAGUUACGUGACCCGCGAGUGCCUUCUCAUCCGACCCAUCGACCAAUCAGCACCUGGUGCGUCGCCUGGGAGGCGGAGCCAACAUUUUAUCACACAUUCAAAGUGAAAGUGAAAGUAUUUUGACAAUGUUUUAAAAGUCUUACCACACGCUGACGUGCACACGACCCAUUAUUUAUUUUUAUAAAGGUCAAAGGUCAUUUCUAUGUCGACAGCUGUUUGCUGAUAAGGAACUUGUUGGAUUAUUUUUCACUUUUGGCCUUUUAUUUUAUGACCAGAAGAGAACUCGGCUAAAAAAAAUAAAGAAUAUCUUGUUACUGGAAGGCCACAGAAAGUGUUAAAAAUAUAUAUUAUAUAUCUUGUGCAUGUCAACGUGUGACAAU